UAGUUUCGCAUUAAUUUUCCUAAGUUUCUACAGAUCUACCGAUGCAUUUGCUUGCUUUCUGUUACCCCCUAAUUUCCCAGGAAAAGAUUUUCAGUCGUAUCUACCUCCCCAGAUCAUCCAGAUUCAACCUCCCCAGAUCUUGUGCAAGUUUCGUUGAGCAGCAUUGUUUAAAGAUGUUCACAGAAGAAGUCUUGAAGAAUGUUUUUCCAUUGCUUGAAGGAGAAGAUCUUGCAGCUUGUAUGGGUGUCUGCAAACAGUGGAGACACAUAGCAAAGGACGAUUUUUACUGGAAAUGUCAAUGCGCCAAGAAAUGGCCUUCCGUCUGCAAACGAACCAAACCGCCCACCGGAACAUACUACAAGAUGUUUCAAACGUUUAGCAAACGGAGGCUAAACCGCACCCUCCCUCCUCCAAGGCUCUCCUUCGAGAACUUGGAGUUCUUCGUCGACAUUUGGUCCGAAGAUAAACCGGUUUACUCCGGUUUAAUUCCCGGUCUUGCGAUGGAAACCGGAAUCAAACCUUUGCCAUCAGGAAUCAGCAACGUUCUUAGGACUCACUUAGCUAAACCUGAUUACAAAAUGGUUGUUCCCGCUGAGCCAAGAUUCACUGUUCCGUUAAACCAGACGGUUAGUGUCUCUAUGCUUGUGGGAAGGAAUGAUUCAGACAAGGUUGCUAGGAUAAUCAACCGGUCUGUCUUUGAGUAUAUCGACCGUUCAUCAUACCGGGCUCUUGCUUUCGAGUAUCUUGACUUAUCUCCUUAUUACCCUUUUGUCUCGGGGAUACGAGCAUGGGUCUCUUUGCUUUUCAUGGAUGCUGAGGAUAUAAACGAUGGGGUUCUCGACGUUUUUGGGAUUCAGUUGGAUUUCUGUGAUGUUGCUGAGACUAAAGAAGAGGUUUUGUGGCUUCUUGAUAUGCUUGAUUGGAAAUGAAAACAUGCAUCACAUUAGAGCUCUUACAGUUGUAACUCUGUAGGCACAAAUGUUCUUUGGUCCAGUAUUUUUUUUUUUUUUUUUUUAACACUAGUCUGAUUUUGUUCUUUAUAAAUAAUAUACCGUUCUAUAUAAAUAAAUAAUCUAGUUCUCGUUUAAUAGUAGACCAAAACUUGUAUAUAAAUAAUCUAGAUCUCGUUUAAUAGUAGACCAAAACUUGUAGUCUACUACUUGUUUAUACAAGUGUUGUCGCUAUGUUUUAUUAUUGUGUUUUUUUUAUCAACUAUUUUAAUAUACAAAGUAGAGAUAGCGGUAAAUAAACUUCAACUUCUUUUUUUUUGUAUUGAAUUUUUUUAAAAUUUUACGUUUUAAAAAAGGCAUUUUUGUUUUGGUAUAUUUAUAUACAACCAUAUAUAUAAUAAAAUAGUUGGUCCACGGUUGACCCAUAUACAUAAAAAUUUUACGUUUUAAAAAAGGCAUUUAGGUUAUUCAGUUUCCAACAAAAGUUGGGAGGAGACUGUUCACGAACAGCAUGAACCCUAAUUUUUUUAUUUAAUAAAGAAAUAUGUAUUUCACUCGAGAUCAUGUACAUGAGUAGUUUUGUUUUUCAUAUUUUUAAUAAAUUAUAAAAUUAAUUAUAGUUGCAAAGAUGCAGUAACUAUCAACUCCAAAGGUUAUUUGGUCUUUAUGCACCUAUUCACAAGAAAAGAAGAAAUUUUGGUAGGAAUGUCCGUCAGAAAAGGACUCUCUCAGAGUUCCCCAAAAGCGAUUUGAAUCUUGCUCCGGCGUCCGACGGCGCAUGCGCGCACGGUGCCGGCGCCGGAGGCUUAGCCUCCUCCUUUUCCUUGUUUCUCUUUGCCAUUUCCUUUUCCUUUUUUCUCUUUGCCAUUGUUCUGUGGUCUUCUCUGUCUCAGUACGGUCUUUCGGUUUUUGCUGCUCGAAUGGGUGAGGUUUGGCUUCUCUAUCCUUACAUUUUCUCGGAGGUUCUCUUCGGUUUGUUUGUCUGGUGGUUAAGUGGCUUCGAUGUGAGGUGAUUCGGGUAUGGCGGUGCUGUCUCGUUUCGUUACUCUCUGUCGGAAUCCGGAGAGCUCCGGUGGGUUCUGCUACCAUGGAGGCGGUGGGUGAGUCCAAGUACGCAGGCUGGAGAUGGUACUUGGUUCAUUUUGUUCCGUGUUUGUGCGGUUAGGGUUUUCAAAGUGUGUCGUCUAUGGCUCCUGGAUGGGUCUCUCUCCGUGCGUCCUCUCUCCAAAAGUCCUCUACUCGGCCCUUCUCUGUUAUGCUCCGUUUGAAGGCCGAUGCUUUCUUGUGGUGUGGUCCUCUGUUCUCUCACUAUGCUUUGUCUCUGUGUGGCGCCAGAGUCGGUUCUUUCAGCUUAGAGUGUUGCUUCUUCGGUUCUCGAAGACUUCAAGUGAAGUGGUGGCUCUCGGUUGCAGUCGUUGGUCAUCAUUGUGGCACACUUGGAUUCGCUCACAUCCCAGCAUUACAUAAGAUCACUUGAACUUAUGUGGUGGUGCAGCAUUUCUACUCUUUGCAGGUCUUGAGGCUUCGGGUUUGUGCUAGGCGGUGAUUUCAAUCCCACGUUUUUGGACGGUCGCAGUUCCUGUGUGACUGUUACGUCCCUAAUAAAUGCUCGGUUCGUCGAUGCGGGUGCUUGGCCUCUUGCGUGGCUGUCUGAUUAUGUUGGUGGAUGCUCAGGAAGUCUUCUGUUAGCUGUUCUUGUUCAGGCCUCAUCUAUAAGAGCAGAUUCAUCGGGAAGGUCAAAAUUACCGGGUUCUGACUCUCGUUUUAACGGGCUCUUCUUUUGCGGCAAGUGGUAAGGUGAAUCAGCUGAUGCCUCUGAUCAGCGGUUUUGCUUGUUGGGUCGGUUUCAGCUAGAUAGAUCGAGUUGUUAUUUAGGUUUUAUUUUCUUUCGUCCGCUUCUUGUCUCUAUUGUAUUUCUGUCGAAACCUUGAAAAGCUUGGUAAUAAUAUCUUUACAUUUUUACCAAAAAAAUAUAAAUGUCCGUCAGAAAAUAUCAUCUUUUCUUGUAGUGAUUUCAUCAUCUGGUUAUGAAAGAAAAUUAAUCUAGUAAUUACUUAAUAAAUGAGAGUUAAUCCGAGUAAUUUUCACUACAAUAAAACUUCAAAAGGUUUAUACUGUCAAAAUAACUUAACUAGAUGAUAGUAACAAACACCGUGAAAUGAAAUAUUUUCCUUGUACUUGGUCCAAUUGGUG